UCCCGCCUGACAGGCGAGGCGGGAGGAGCUGGUUGGUCUUCGUCGCCCCUGCGGUUGCUGUCUGAGGGGAGAUGUGGCGGCUGGCCGGAGCCGUCCUCGGGCUCUGAGUCGCCGGGACCGCCAGGCAGGGGGCGGCCAAGAAAAGGCUCGGGACAGACUCAUGAGCACCGCCUUCCCCGCGGCUGGGCGUUGCCGCCCUUCUCCUUCCCAGCGCCGGUAGCCGAGCCGGCGGGCGGGCGGACGGGCGGGCGGCAUGUCGUCGCCGACGUGGCUGAGCUGCCGGUUGGCGCUGCGCUUGGGCUCCUCUCGCCUCGGCGAGUGCCGCUGCCUCCUGCUCCUCCGCCGGCGCCUGAGCGCCCUCCGCCGCGCCCCCAGGCCCGUAGACGGACUGUGGCUGCCGCCCGCGGCCUCCUGCUUGGGUUCCCCGCGGCCGCUGGGCACGCACCCCAAGAAGGAGCCCAUUGAGGCGCUCAACACGCCGCAGGGAGCCCGCGACUUCAUCUACAGCCUCCACUCGACGGAGCGGAGCUGCUUGCUGAGGGAGCUGCACCGCUUCGAGUCCAUCGCCAUCGCGCAAGAGAAGCUGGAAGUUGCACCACCAUCCACUGGACAACUGAAACAUGUGUUCUUCCACAAUGCAAUACCUUUUGUAGGCUUUGGAUUUUUUGAUAAUGCCAUUAUGAUUGCUGCGGGCACACAGAUAGAGUUAUCAAUAGGGAUUGUGCUUGGAAUUUCUACCAUGGCAGCUGCUGCCUUGGGAAAUCUUGUCUCAGACUUAGCUGGAUUGGGGUAAGUUUAAUUAUAUAUUUUUUCAUG